GGCACCAUUACAAUAGAUAUCAGGCGCGUAGCUAGCCUAUAAAUAAUGUGGAUUCAAAAUAAUCUAGGGGGUCAGGGGGCAUGCCCCCCUGAAAUUUUUGAAAUAAAUGGUGCAAUUUGGUGCGUUUUGGGGCCUCCGGAGAGCUUUCUUGACCAACGAAAAUCCAUUUAUUUUAGCAUAAAAAUGGAGAUGAAUAGCUUUACUUUCGUUUAUUUCAACUAGUCUACAUUUCACAGCAAGUCUAACUUGCGGCCUUUGCUGGCCGCAAACUCGUUAAUGAUAUUUUUUUUUUUGGUCAAAAUAAUGUGGAUUCAGCUGCGUACUCGCGUAUAGGCAGCUACGCGCCUGGAUAUCGAUGGAUAUAUUCACGGAAUACCCACGUGCGUUACAUCAUGUGACACUGUAGAUGAUACUGAAAUCAGCAACGCAUAUAACAGCGGUGCUACAAACUUUUUAAGCGCUGAUGCAAUGGACAUUUCAGGGUACGAGCAAGUACAAACAGUUGCUGACCCGUCUUCGAUUAUGGAAAUGUACAACAUAAAGGACAAAGACCUAGCGGAUGCUGCGGCAAAGGCUAUGGUAGACGGCAAUAUGACGCCAUUAAUUAAGGAGGAACUCAAGUGCUCCAUUCAGUUAAAGAGAUUAAAAGCUGGAAAACCAGAACUGAAAGUAGAAUUCACAGAUCCAGAAUCGUGUCAGUUAACGGAAACAGAGCAGAUGAAGGUAGAAAAAAGAAAAAUCCAGAAUCGGUUAGCAGCGCAAAGGUUCCGUAAUAAACAGAAAACAAGAGGGGACCAGCUACACAAGGAAUGUCUGAAGCUACAGUCGGUACAGACUCAACUAAGAUUCGAACUUUCUCAGGUAAAGAAAGAACGCGACGAGCUGAAACAAAAGUUGCAGGACCAUUACGCAAUAUGUCCAUUGCGAUAUACUACGCAAUAUUACAGUCAGCAAAACAGCACAGGGUGAAUAAAUAGAGAGUUCGCGAAUCAUCCAACCAAAACCGAUGAAAACUAAACCAAAAAAAGUUUUGUAAUUUAUCAUUUACAUAGCUUUAUAUAACAGGAGCUUUUUUAUUUAUCGAUACUGUACUAAUAUGUGGUGGGAGUGGAGUCUUAGACAACUUCCGGUUAUAAAUGUUGACUGCGCGCAAAUUAAAUCAGUGAAUUAAUAAACAAUGCUAUCCGGAGCACGUGCGUGUGUCAGUGACGGAUGAAUAUAUUUGGGAUUCUAAGUGAUAAAUGAUUAUUGGUCAUUCAGAAAAAAAAUAACAAAACAGAGGAGUAAAAUAAAACAGUGAUCUGAGACAC